GAUUGGCCAGAAUGGAUACAACAUCAUCAUUUAUAAAGUCAGUAACCAAGCGAGUGUGGUCCCCAACGCAGAGACCUUUCAGGAUUUGCAGCCACAACAGGGAGAUCAAGAAGGGCAUCACAGCCGGGACUCUGGAGGAGCUAAAAGAGAGAGUACGCCAGGCGAUGCUGCUCUCACUGGUGUCUCUGGUUUGUGAGGAGGAUGGAACAGAGGUAGGGUCCGAUGAAUUCCUCUCGACUCUGCCAGACAACUCUAUGAUCAUGGCCCUGGAGCCUGGACAGACAUGGCGACCCCAAACGGGUGCAGUUGAGAAGAUCAAGCCCAAGUCUGGAAAAGACAUCGCGAGUGUCACCUUUGACCUUUACAAGCUGAACGCAAGGGAUUUGUUUGGCUCUCUGAGCGUGAAGGCCACCUUUCAAGGACUGUACUCUGUGAGUGCUGACUUCCAGUGUCUGGGGCCCAAGAAAGUCAUCAGAGAAGCCCUUCGUAUGGCCUCCACCCUUCUCAACGCCGCAGGACACCUGCUCAUCACCUCCGCCUCCAUGAUCCGCCGCAUCAUUGAGGGCAUGGAGCUUUGGCAGCCACAAAAGGCAGAGUACACAACAACCUGGAAGUGACAACGCAAGUUCUUUUUUUAAAAGUAGACCUUAAAUUAUGCAAGCAAAAGAUACAUUUUGCAGAGAAUUAUGUACAUUUUAAACAAAGCCUCUGAUAUUUAGUACAACAUUCCCAAUUAUAAUGAUGAUUUUAUCUCCAUGACACCCCCUUCUAUGUGGACUGAAAAGGGCAUUUACUAGUGGUAGGUGGUGCAUUUCAUACCUAGGCCUUUGGUGGGGAACUUAAGUGACCCAGUACACUUAUUAAAACCACCACUAUCACUUCACAAUUAUACAAACCAUCAGUAAUAUAGAAAAACGCAAUAUAACAAGAAUUGGGGAUGAAUACCAUGAUUACGUAAGGAAGAAACCCAGUUACCUUUUAUCUUUGAGUACAGCAUCUCUAAAAAACUCCAAACCGCCACUACAACAUCCUCUAGAGCAGUUAACAAUCAAUAUUUAUCUAAUAACAUGACAAAAACGCAAAAAAAUUAAUAAAAUACAUCUCAUCCACCACUCACUUGUAAACACUGGUCUGGAAGACUUCCAGUGGAAGUGGCAAACAAACCCUUUCCAAGGCUGACGUGUGAGUUUAUGUGUAUAUAAAAUAUACAUAUAAACUCACGUAUUUGUUCAUAUAAUGCACACACAACGACAAACAACUCUGUCUGUCUCCUCUUCUCUAAACAAGAUCAAUUAAGUGCUGCUGUCCUGUGAUGAUGUGUUCAAGCGCACUCAUAACUUUGAGUGUUAGGCAUAGGCUUUCAGACAUCAACCAAUCAAUGUGACGUCAGUGUGGGCCAGCUAGCUGGUCUUGUGAGGUGAAUUUUUAAAUUUGAUUGGUUAAAAACACCGCCAUUGAUGAUAGUGUGUAUUUGUCAUGGGCCAACAAUCCUGAUUCUAAAGGCCCUGGGCAGAUUUAUGAAGGUUAAAGCGGACAAAAUAUGUGUAGCCUAGAGACACAGCUACAAAAUGAAGAUACCGGUAAUAGAUUGUUAGGGAUAAAUUGAGACAAUUUCUUUGAGCAAAUACUAUCGGUGCUUCUGAUAGUGUUGAGGGCCAGCAAAGACCUGGACACACCACUGCUACUUACCCUGUACAUUAUCCAACAACACUGUUUUUUCAAACAACACUGACACAAAUCUGAGAACAGGUUUUCAAAAAGCCGUAUUUGACAGUGUAAUAAAUAUUUAGAGUUUUGUGAUUUUGUUUCCUGAACUGGUGAUAAGGUCUGCCCUUUGCUACAUGUACACUUUGUCUUCACCAGUGAUGUCUAGUUCAUAUUUAAGAUCACUAACCGGAAAGAUUAUCGUAAAAUGUCUGGCCAUCUCCAAGAGCAUCUGAUGCAAGUGGUCCUCUGUGACAUGUGUUCGGAAGAUGACACCAGCACCUAGGGCCUGCAUGAAAUGUAAGAUCUCCUUGUGUGUCCAGCACCUCCAGGUCCACCUGACCACCCGUGUUGCAGCACACUCACUCUCUGACAAAGUCGACGGCCUUAGGUGGCACCCCCAAAUGUCCAAACUCCUGGAAUACUCGGAUGACCAGACGUGUGUUUGUGCAUUGCAUGUGUGGUUGAAGACCAGCAUCACUUGCACAACAUGAAGACCUUGUCCAUGGCCCACAAGAAGCUCAUGGAGGAGCUUAAAUCUGAGAAACAAGCAGUGUUACAGGGCAGUGUUGGGAGAAGAGGGAGCGACAGGAUAAGCUGCCAAAACAGCCAUCUCAUUGAGACUGUGACUAGUGUCUAGAGCACGCUCAUCAAAACCAGCCAGAGCAGCAUGCAAGCUGCUUAAAGGAAGACAUCUUUGGCUUCCUGCAGCUGUACUCUCAGGUGCAUUAGGAUGUACAGACAACCAAGGCUGCAAAUCUGAGACAAUCUGCAAAUCUUUCCAACAACUGCAACUGGUUUGUUGGUUUAUGUGACACAUCUCUGAUUAGAACUCCUCGGAUGGAAUGGCCUACAGCAGGGAUGUCAAACUCGUGCCAUGGAGAGCCGAGACGCUGCAGGUUUUCUUUCCAGCCAGUCACUAAAGCAGGUGAUUUUAA